AGCCUCAACAUGGCAGUAACAUUUUUGCUCUUUCAAGUGGUCGUGGCUCUCCUUGCAGUCGUUUUGUAUUAUGUGCAUCGCAAUUUAUCGUACUUUAAACGUCGAAAUAUUCCACAUGAAUCUCCACAUUGGUUGAAAGGAAAUUUGAGAGAAUUACGCAGUACUCGCAACUUUCAUGACAUCUACGAGGCUUACUACAAUAAGUUUAAGAAACUCAGAGUACCCUUUGUGGGUCUAUUUAUACAUCAGAGGCCGGCUGUUUUCGUUAUGGAUUUGGAAUUGGUCAAGCAUAUUCUUAUUAAGGAUUUUUCCAAUUUCUCCGAUAAAGGAAUAUACUAUAAUGAAAAGGAUGAUCCGAUUUCUGCACAUUUAUUCAACCUUGAUGGACCACAAUGGCGUGUUCUGCGAAAUAAAAUGUCCUCCACCUUCACAUCAGGCAAAAUGAAGUUCAUGUUUCCCACAGUGGUCGCGGUGGCAAAUGAAUUCAUGGCCGUAAUGAACGAGAAGUCUCAAGAGAAUUCAGUCCUGGAGAUACGCGAUUUAAUGGCCAGAUUCACCAUCGAUGUGAUAGGAACUUGUGCCUUUGGACUCAAAUGCAAUAGUUUACGUGAAGAAGACGCCGAGUUCUUGCAAAUGGGCAGAGCAACCUUUCAAGAGAAAAAUCAUUGUAAUUUAGUACUUGCCUUCAUGGAGAGUUAUCCCUACUUGGGUAGAAAAUUGGGAUUGGUAAGAACUACAAAACGUGUUCAAGAUUUUUACAGCCGAAUUGUUAAAGAAACAGUGGCUAUACGUGAAAAGGAAAACAUCAAGCGAAGUGAUUUUAUGGAUCUCCUUAUUGAGCUCAAGAAUAAGAAGAAUUCAGAUCAAGAUCAUGCAGAAGAAUCCAAGGGCAUUACUAUAGAGGAGGUAAUAGCCCAAGCAUUUAUAUUUUUCGUUGCGGGCUUUGAAACUUCAUCAUCAACAAUGGGUUACGCCCUGUACGAGUUGGCUAAAAAUCCACAUAUUCAGGAUAAAGUUAGAGCUGAGGUCGAACAGGUAUUCGAAAAACACAAUCAACAGUUUACCUACGAGUGCAUGAAAGAUCUCAAGUAUUUAAAACAAGUGAUAUCGGAAACCCUGCGUCUCUAUACCAUUGUGCCUCAUCUCAAUCGUCAGGCCUUGAAACGCUAUGUGGUACCGGGAAAUCCGAACUAUGUAAUAGAAGCUGGUCAAGCUGUAAUUAUACCGGCUGCAGCUAUUCAUCGCGAUCCUGAAAUUUAUCCAGAUCCAGAAGAGUUUCAACCAGAACGCUUCUCCCCUGAGGAAUGUGCCAAACGAGAUUCAGUGACUUGGCUUUCCUUCGGAGAUGGUCCACGUAAUUGUAUUGGCCUUCGUUUUGGUGAAAUGCAGUCACGUAUUGGUCUCGCCCUCCUUAUCAAGAAUUUCAAGUUCUCAACCUGUGCCGAAACUCCUAAAACUUUGGAAUAUGAUCCCAAUUCAUUUGUUCUUGGCGUUAAAGGCGGCAUUCAGCUGAAAGUUGAAGCCAUUUCAUACGCUAUAUGUAUAUAUAGAGGCUUUUGCCUCGGGGAACUCCUCAGUAGUCGACGGUCAGUGUGCUGGGGCAUUAAGAUGGGACUAACAUUUUUACUAUUUCAAGUGGCUGUGGCUUUGUUCGCCAUCGCUUCAUAUUAUAUAUAUCGGAAUUUAUCGUACUUUAAACGCCGGAAUAUCCCACACGAAACUCCACAUUGGCUGCAUGGAAAUUUAAAAGGAUUACGGAGUACACAUAAUUUUCAUGACAUUUUUGGAGCUUACUACAACAAGUUCAAGACUCUCCAAGUUCCCUUUGUGGGACUGUUCGUACACCAGAAGCCGGCUGUAUUUGUUACGGAUUUGGAAUUGGUCAAGCAUGUUCUGAUCAAGGAUUUUUCAAACUUUUCCGACAAGGGCUUGUAUUAUAAUGAAAAAGAUGAUCCUAUAUCGGCUCAUUUAUUCACCCUGGAUGGUCCACAAUGGCGUCUAUUAAGGAACAAAAUGUCUUCCACUUUCACAUCGGGCAAAAUGAAGUUAAUGUUUCCCACCGUGGUAUCGGUGGCAAAUGAAUUUAUCGCCGUAAUGCACGAGAAGUCUCAGAAGAAUUCAGUUUUGGAGAUACGCGACUUGAUGGGUCGAUUUACAGUUGAUGUGAUAGGAACUUGUGCCUUUGGAAUUGAAUGCAAUAGUUUACGUGAUGAAAACGCCGAGUUUUUGCAAUAUGGCAAGUUAACUUUAGUUGAGAAACGUCAUGGCAAUCUUAUAAUUGCAUUUAUGGAAAGUUUCCCAAAACUCGCCAGACGUUUGAGGUUGGCGCGCACUGCAAAACGUGUCGAGGAGUUUUACACCAGAAUUGUUAAACAAACAGUGGCAAUCCGUGAAAAGCAGAAUAUCAAGCGAAACGAUUUCAUGGAUCUCCUAAUCGAACUGAAAAACAAAAAGAAUUCAAAUCCGGAUAACAAUGAGGGUCUAACUAUGGAAGAAGUUAUUGCCCAAGCCUUUGUAUUUUUCAUUGCUGGCUUUGAGACUUCUUCGUCCACCAUGGGUUUUGCUCUCUACGAAUUGGCUAAGAAUCCACACAUUCAGGACAAACUGAGAGCUGAGGUGGAAGAGGUAUUCGAAAAACACAAUCAACAGUUUACCUACGAGUGCAUGAAGGAUCUCAAGUACUUGACUCAAGUGAUGUUUGAAACACUUCGUCUCUACACGAUUGUACCUCAUCUCAAUCGUCAGGCCUUGAAGCGUUAUGAAGUGCCAGGACAUCCGAAUUUCAUAAUUGAAGCUGGACAAUCUGUAAUUAUACCCGCUGCAGCUAUUCAUCGUGAUCCGAAACUCUAUCCCGAUCCAGAAGAGUUCCGACCAGAACGUUUCUCACCAGAAGAGUCGGCCAAUCGAGAAUCAGUGGCUUGGCUUCCCUUUGGCGAUGGUCCACGUAAUUGCAUUGGUCUUCGUUUUGGCCAAAUGCAGGCACGUAUUGGUCUGGCUCUUCUCAUCAAGAAUUUCAAAUUCUCAACCUGUCCAGAGACUCCAGAUCCCUUGGUUUUUAAUCCAAAGUCAUUUGCGCUGGGCAUGACAAGUGGAAUCAAUCUAAAGGUGGAAGCAAUUUAAGGGUGAAAAGUUUUUGUUAAGUUUGUACAUAGAGAAAACUUAAAGUUAUUGGAGCCAAAGAUAAGAUGAUAUAAAAAUUAAAUGUGAUGCAUAUAUAAAUUUUAUCAAGAACAAUA